AUGGGCAAGUGUCUCCAGCAGUGCCUCCACCAGCAGUAUCCCCCAGCAGCAGUGCUUCGUUUAGCAGCGUCUCCUACAACAGUUUCCUCUGCAACAGUGUCUCUUGCAACAGCGUCUCCUGCAGCAGUAUCUCCUGCAGCAGAGUCUCCUACAGCAGUGUAUCCUGCAACAGAGUCUCCUACAGCAGUGUCUCCUGCAACAGAGCCUCCUAUAGCAGUGUCUCCUGCAACAGGGUUUCCUGCAGCAGUGUCUCCUGCAGCAGAGUCUCCUACAGCAGUGUAUCCUGCAACAGAGUCUCCUACAGCAGUGUCUCCUGCAACAGGGUCUCCUACAGCAGUGUAUCCUGCAACAGAGUCUCCUACAGCAGUGUCUCCUGCAACAGGGUCUCCUGCAGCAGUGUCUCCUGCAACAGGGUCUCCUACAGCAGUGUCUCCUGCAACAGAGUCUCCUACAGCAGUGUAUCCUGCAACAGAGUCUCCUACAGCAGUGUCUCCUGCAACAGAGUUUCCUGCAGCAGUGUCUCCUGCAACAGAGUCUCCUAUAGCAGUGUAUCCUGCAACAGUCUCCUACAGCAAGUCUCCUACAGCAGUGUAUCCUACAACAGAGUCUCCUACAGCAGUGUCUCCUGCAACAGGGUCUCCUACAGCAGUGUAUCCUGCAACAGGGUCUCCUACAGCAGUGUCUCCUGCAACAGAGUCUCCUACAGCAGUGUCUCCUGCAACAGGGUCUCCUGCAGCAGUGUCUCCUGCAACAGAGUCUCCUACAGCAGUGUCUCCUGCAACAGGGUCUCCUACAGCAGUGUCUCCUGCAACAGAGUCUCCUACAGCAGUGUCUCCUGCAACAGAGUCUCCUACAGCAGUGUCUCCUGCAACAGGGUUUCCUGCAGCAGUGUAUCCUGCAACAGAGUCUCCUUUAGCAGUGUCUCCUGCAACAGAGUCUCCUACAGCAGUGUCUCCUGCAACAGGGUUUCCUGCAGCAGUGUAUCCUGCAACAGAGUCUCCUACAGCAGUGUCUCCUGCAACAGAGUCUCCUACAACUGUGUCUCCUGCAACAGGGUCUCCUACAGCAGUGUCUCCUGCAACAGAGUUUCCUACAGCAGUGUCUCCUGCAACAGAGUCUCCUACAGCAGUGUCUCCUGCAACAGGGUCUCCUCCAGCAGUAUCUCCUGCAACAGGGUCUCCUGCAACAGUCUCCUGUAGCAAUGUUUCCUUUAGCAGUGCCUCCUGCAGUGGUGCCUUCUGCAUCAGCAGGGAAAAGCUACACGGAAGAUCAUUGAUAGAGAAUAGGCAGCAGUUUACACUGAUAACAGCAGACAAGCAGCAGUUUACCCUGAUAACAGCAGACAUGCAGCAGUUUACCCUGAUAACAGCAGACAUGCAGCAGUUUACCCUGAUAACAGCAGACAAGCAGCAGUUUACCCUGAUAACAGCAGACAAGCAGCAGUUUACCCAUAUAACAGCAGACAAGCAGCAGUUUACCCAUAUAACAGCAGACAAGCAGCAGUUUACCCUGAUAACAGCAGACAUGCAGCAGUUUACCCUGAUAACAGCAGACAAGCAGCAGUUUACCCUGAUAACAGCAGACAGCAGCAGUUUAUCCAUAUAA